ACAAUUUCCAAGUAUUUUUUGUCACCAAAUUUGAUAUCAAGACUUUUGUACGUUAAAGCCCCUCGUUAAAAGGAUUUUUGUUUUAAAAAUUUAUGAUAAUGUGAGAUCUAAGUUCAUUGUAAUGAGUACAUUUAUUAUACCCAAACCAUUAAUGACUUUUGAAUACUCGACAAAGAUGCUAGUAGUCAAAGCGCACUAUUACCAUCUCACUUCCCAUCCCUAGAUAGUGUUUUCCGAUAAUUUAAUUUCGAUAUCCCUGAAAAAGCGUGGUCGAAGCGAAGCAGCACGUUUUUCUUCUUUAGUGUGGACGUUCUCACUUAAACGGCAAAAUCACAAGCACUGCAGCGCCUUUGCUAGAAAACUUGAAAGAGGCAGCCCAGACCUACGUGUAAAAUUUGUAUUUCUCGCAAGGCUUUUGGGAAAUAAAACGCAAACAAUAAAAAUGGCUAAUGUAUCUGCUGAAGAGAAGGAGACCACCGUCGAGAAGUUUCCAUCACAGGAAGUCGGUGCUCUGGAGAACGACGUAGUUGCCACCGAGGAGAACGGAGCACCGGCCGAAGCCUUCGAUUGUAAGAAGCUGACCUCCGAGGACGGUGCUCCCGCCGCCGAUGAUCAGAAGGAGGUGUACGCGGAUGAAGACCAGAAGGAGAAGUCCGCCGCCGAGGAGGCCAAGGAGGAGAGCGUCGAAGUAGCUCCAGGUGCUCCUAACGCCGCCGAGGAGGCUAACGGGGACUCAACGGAUGCUCCCGACGCCGAGGCCUUGAAGCGGAAGAUGGACGAGUCUGCCGCCGAGGAGAAAGGGGCACCGGCCGAGGACGUCGUUUGUAAGAAGCUGACCUCCGAAAACGCUGCUCCCGCCACUGAGGAUCAGAAGGAGGUGUUCGCGGACGACGACCAGAAGGGGGAGGCCAAGAAGGAGAGCAUCGAAGCAGCACCAGCAGCUGUUGACGUCGCCGAGGCCUUGAAGCGAAAGGCGGACGAGUCUGCUGCCGUAGCCGAGGCCGAGGCCUCCACCCCGCAAAAACGGGAAAAGGUGGACGUGGACGAGGACGAGGUCAGCACAGAGGAUGAUCUACCGAAGAGUUCGCCUCCAUGGGUUUUAGAAUACUAACACACACGCAAGUCACACAAACCACUGUUCUGCAGUCUACAGCCGCAGUGAGCCAUCUAUCCAACGACGUUCGCAUGACCAAUUCACAUUAAAAACCCUUCAAAUGGAAGCUUAGUCUUUAGCGAUUAUCUCUGUAUUUACUAAGGAACCAACCACAACAAGAGAAAGAAAAUGAAAAUAUAUUAACAUUUAAAAAUU